AUGCCAGAUUCCUCUGCUCCUCCCGUCCCCGGCUCCCGUGCCAUCAAGAUCCCUUUGCAUACCGGUAACCAUGCAGACUACUCUCCGCCGAACCGACGUCGACGAAGUGAACGCUACCUCCAAAACGCCGAACGAGCCGAAGCUUCAGAUGCUGGUCCAUCUUCGCUAGGUUCGGGCUCCGAUCAGGACUCGCCCUGGUCCUACAGCCCUAUUCCCAGUCGAUCUCAACAUCUGCUCCGCAACGUUGCUCCAUCACCGGCUGAGGGGGUCCGACUUUCAGGACCGAUGCAUUCCAAAGACGAGCCCGGCACAUCCCAGCGGAAAGACAAGCACAAGGCCGGUCUGCCACCGCCCAGUAGCAUGCCAAUGCUCUUCAAUGCCUCCUCCUCUCCCCUUGGCCCUUCGAUGCUCUCGUCCAGCUCGUACAAGUCCAUCAACCUGAAUGCCCAUCACGAUGAUCCCGACGAGCCUCCUCGACUAAUCACAUACACAAAAUAUAGCCAAGGGUUUACCUGGAAUGAUGAACUGUUCUUGCCAAGCUAUAUGCUGGGACGAUAUGGAGAGCGGGGUCGGAAGAAACUAUACGACGGUGACUUUGGAGACGAGGACCACUGUCCUGUGGCCGAGAUCUUUGUCACGGAUGAGGAGGCGGAGGCAAUGAUGCCGUGA